GGAUAGGGUAGAGCAAACAUACAUCAUAGACGCUUGAAAUAAUUCAAUAUUUACUAUUGUCAUUACAAUCAGAAAUCAUAAUGAGGUCUGUUACAUUACUUGGAUCAUUCAAGGCUAGUGUCAGAAGACAUUUCUUCAGUACAGCUCAAUCAAGUAAAGGAUUCGAGGAUGCAGCUAAAUCUGGAUACACAACAGUUGAUGCAACUGACGUAGAGCGUCAUUCGAAAAUCAGUCACAAUUGGUGGGAUACUACGGGAGAAAUGAAAGCUCUGCAUUCUCUGAAUACCUUAAGAAUACAGUUUAUACGAGAUGGGCUAGCCAACACUGGCAUUACGAGUAUGAUACCCUGCCUUCCUCUCAAUAACAUUAAAAUACUAGACGUGGGAUGUGGCGGUGGAAUUCUUUCUGAACCACUGGCAAGAAUCGGCGCAGACGUUACAGGGAUUGAUGCAUCCUCCGAACUAAUUAAAACUGCUACUGAACACGCUAAACUAGAUAUAAACCUGUCAGAAAGAUUACACUAUAUCAGUACCAGCAUUGAGGAACACUCUCAAUCCAACCAUGAAAAAUAUGACGCUGUUGUCACCUCAGAAGUACUAGAGCAUGUUGCAGAUAAAGAACUGUUUUUGAAGUGCUGUACUGCUGCAGUGCGGCCUGGCGGUUCCUUCUUUUUGACAACGAUAAAUAAAAGUAUGGCAUCAUUACUUAGUGCAAUCAUUGCAGCUGAGUAUGUAUUAAAAUUGGUCCCACGAGGAACUCACGAUUGGAACAAGUUUGUUUCACCAAAUGAAGUUAGACGGAUACUGGAAUCUGCUGGCUGUCAAACUAAAUUGAUCCAUGGCAUGUGUUAUAAUCCACUAACAAAUGAGUGGUCUUGGAUGUCUUCGACAGCAAUCAACUAUGUUCUACACGCAGUAAAGCGCGAAGAGCCCUAGUACACCUACGUUUUUCUGCAUUAGUAAUAUUUAAUUUAAAUGUAUUGAUCAAUUUUCUGGCAUGUCUGUAAGAUAUUAUCGAAAAUUUCAAGAUAAUUAAUAAAUUUACUGUGGCUGAUUUUCCAAUUUUGACAACAAGAUCAUUAUACGUAUUUGGAAGAGGGUGAAAAAUCAGAGAAGAAAAACUUAGUGUAGAGAUCAUGCGAUUUUCAGAAGACGUAGAAACUGAUGAGGAGUAAUAUAUAAUAUGGAUAAUGGAGAUAAGCUGGAGAAAAUGGGUAAAAUAUCCAGAUCGAGAAGAGUGUGAUAUUGCUGUAGAAAGUUAAUUAACGUUGAAACUAAACUUUAAUUAUUUUUUAAGCAUAUACUUGUUUUUCAUAACAUUAUUGAUCUACAAUAAAAUGUAUAAUUUUAUAUAAUUUAUAAACGUCUACGUAUUAAAUACAUAUUGAUGUGUAAGAUGAAUAUCUUUCUGAACAUUUUUGUUCAAUGAAUAAUAUUGAUAUAAAAUCGUAGCAAAAAUAUAAAUAAAAUAUUCCGUGACUUGUAAGUUGAA